AUGGAAGGGGAAGACAGCGGUGACUUGCAGUCAGAAAACACAGACAUAGGGCACCAGAGUUAUUACUUCAGAUGUACAGAAGAUGAUAAGAUGGAAGGGGAAGACAACGGUGACUUGCAGUCAGAAAACACAGACAUAGGGCACCAGAGUUAUUACUUCAGAGCAAGUGAUGUGGCUAUAUUUAAGCAUACUUUACCUGGAUUACCCAAGGACACAGCUACAGAGGCGAAGGAAGAAGAGCAAACCAUUAUCAAUCUUCAUAAAGUUCUUGGCAAUAAGUGGUCUACAAUAGCAACCCAUCUCCCUGGACGAACAGAUAAUGAAAUUAAAAAUUUCUGGAACACCCGUCUGAUGAAGAAGCUUCUCCAAAUGGGGAUUGAUCCAGUGACUCACAGGCCAAGAACUGAUCUCAACAUUCUAGCUAACCUGCCACAGCUGCUUGCUGCUGCCAACUUUAGUAACCUAAUGAAUAUUCCUUUAGACAAUGCUCUCAGGUUGCAAUCAGAUGCUGCACAGCUUGCCAAAAUCCAAUUGUUGCAUAACAUACUUCAAGUUCUUGGUACUUGUAGUAGUAGUUGUACUCCUCCGACUAUGGAAGCAAUGAACCUUAUUCUAGUUGGACCAACUUUCCAGGAAAAUCAUCAGCUAUAUGAACUCCUUAGAAUAAAUUCUCGGCAUGAAGGGAAUGGUAAUCUCCCCUUUGGCUUUGCCACACAUGAACUUCCACAAUUACAGUCAAAUAUUCUUAACAUCGAAGCUUAUCAACAUCAGCCACAGUUCAGUCAAUAUCAUCAGCCAAUGAAAGUCUUAAAAAUUUGUUCCAACAACAAUGUUCAAUUUGCUUCUUCCUCUUCAUCUUCUGCUCUUCCGACUUCAACUCCACCGAUUCCAGCAUUAGUUCCAGCCUCACCCGAACUUCCACCAACUACUGUUAAUCAAACUGAAAACAAAAUUAACCCAAACGAUAACCCUUCAUUUCCUUCGACCACCUUUGAAGCUUUGGGAAAUCUUAUGGAUGAUGAAGCAAGUGACUCUCACUGGAGAGACAUUAUACACCAGGCAUCAUCACAAUCAUGGCCCAUCUCUUAG